AUGGCCGCGCAAGGCUAUUACAACGGCGCGUACAACAACCCUCCCGCAUACGAACAUCCGGACCAUGCCACAGACCCAUUCAAUCGGGGCUCACCACGCCCAAGUCCAGCGGGAUAUAACGCCGGUCCUUACCAGCAAACACCAGACUCUGACCCUCAUCACUCCCGCUACAGCCAACAAUCCAUCGGCUCGGACAAUGGGGCAUACGUUGCUGGGGGGAGGAUGAAUGAACACGAUCAGUAUUCCGAGAAUAUCCCCUUGAAGUCACCGAAUCCGUACUCGAACGAUCACCCCUACGCCAAUGAGCCUCCUCAGAAUAACUGGAUGCAGCAACCGACUCAUUACGCGCCGGACCCUGGGAUGAUGGAGCCUCAAGCUCCUCGUGCGCACAGGCAGAAGCAGCCGUUCUGGAAGAAGAAGAUUGCGUAUGUUACGUAUAUUUUAACGGUCGCUCAGAUCAUUGUGUUUAUUGUUGAGUUGGUGAAGAGUGGGCAACUUACAGGAACGCCCGUUCAGACCAAGCCUCAGUUUAACCCCAUGAUUGGCCCAUCUGCAUACGUUCAGAUCAACAUGGGUGCGAGAUAUACACCUUGCAUGAAGAACGUACCUGGGGUGCAGAAUGCUACACAACAAGUCAACUUCCCUUGUCCCAACGCUACGACUACGGACUCGGACUGCACAUUGUCUGAGCUAUGCGGAUUCGACGGCGUUCCCAACCCACACCCUAACGGUUCCCUCGAUGACAAGCCCGAGCCCAACCAGUGGUUCCGCUUCAUCAUCCCUAUGUUCCUACACAGCGGUUUCAUACAUAUUGGAUUCAAUCUGCUUGUACAGAUGACAAUGGGAGCAGACAUGGAGCGGACGAUUGGCUGGUGGCGCUAUUUGCUGGUUUACCUGAGCAGCGGUAUUUGGGGAUUUGUACUUGGAGGUAACUACGCCGGUCAGGGUGAAGCGUCCACAGGCUGUUCUGGUGCUCUUUUCGGCAUCCUCGCGCUCUUUGUCCUAGAUCUUUUGUAUACAUGGAACGAGCGUCAGAACCCCUGGGUGGAGCUUAUCAUCAUGGUCCUUGGUAUCGCUAUAUCCUUCGUUCUCGGCUUGCUUCCUGGUCUGGACAAUUUCUCCCAUCUUGGAGGGUUCACCAUGGGACUUGCCCUCGGACUCUGCAUCAUGAGAUCUCCCAACGCGCUCCGUGAGCGAAUUGGACUUGCUCGCAGCCCGUACGUGGCGAUGAGCGGCGGUGUUGCCUCUGAAAACGCCCAGCCCGACCCAACAAAGGUGCCAUCUGAUUCCAAGUUCGGCAAAUACAGUCCCAAGGGCUUCUUUGCCGGCCGGAAACCCUUGUGGUGGGCAUGGUGGCUGGUUCGUCUCGGUGCUUUGGUCGCUGUCUUGGUCGGCUUCAUCCUGCUCAUUGUGAACUUUUACAAGUACCCGAGCUCGAACUGUUCCUGGUGUUACAGAUUCAGUUGCCUGCCUGUCAACGGCUGGUGUGACCAAGGGAAUCUGUUCCAGAGCAGCAGUGACUCCAACUAG